AUGGUGCAAAUCGGCGGUGAUUUUUCUGGUGCGCGGUGGGGAGGGGGGCAUCGGGGAGCCUUUAUGAUCUCCCACUGGCCGAGAUUGGGCUGCCCACACACUCCCAGCGUCAUUGAGAGCGACCAUGGAGCCCACGCUAGUGUCCAAUCUCAUGUGAGACGGACCCGGGACGGGGCAUGCCUGCAGGUCGCUACCAUGUCAGACCCAACAAGGGGGAGGGGGGGCGCCUCGGGGCCGGUUUGCAUGGCCGUGGGGAACGCGCUCCGGGUGCAGAGAGGCGUUAAAGGAACUGGCCUGUGCUUGGCUCCCGCGGCUCCUGCUGCCACCGUCGCUGCCCCCUCCCCCCUGAUUGGAUGCGAUCGGAGUUCCUGCAAUCCAUGCGGUGACCACAGCGACCAAGACAUUGACCAGAUUGGGCGGUUUGAUUCGCGACGCUUCCACCAUGCCCUCCUCCAGCACCACCCCGGAAGGCGCCCCCUGGCAGACUACUUUUGGAUUGCGGGCGUGGAUGGAUCGGAGAUUCUGGAUACCUUCAAGCGCUUGGGUGAAGAUUACCGAAUAAAUGGGGCUGCCUCCCCAGGUCCAGCUCUCACGGAUGCCAUUCAGGAAGAUGCCGAUGCCGAGGAGGAAUUUCUGCCGGAGGGGACGUCCCGGCCCAGCUCAACCUUGUUCACCGGCGUGGGCAAACGUCGGAGCUCGGCCCAACGGCUCUCAACCUUGUCCAGAACUGAUUCUGAUCAGGCAAAUGGAACCAGCAGCAAUCGGAGUAGUGUGACCGUCAAGGGCGCCUCGUCCCCGCUCCGGGGCUCCUCGUUGUUUUCCGACGACUUCGAUUUCGACCAAGCGCUGAUGAAAUUCACCUCCGAGCGAGAUACAUUCCUGACCGACUUGAGCUUGAGCGCCGGUGCCAUUACGCCGAACACGCGCCCACGAUCCCGCAUGCGCACCCAGAAGAUCGUAUCGGAGGACUCGCCAUCCCAGGGCUCCGGGCUGCUGAGAUCCGGCAUUGGCAGUGUUCGCCGACACAUGUCGUUCCGAGAUAUGAAUAGUAUGAAACGGCAACCGUCGAUUGCGCGACAAGCUUCCGUACGCACCUCUCGACGAUUGAGCAACUACAAUUCCGUCAUCCCGGUCCCGCAGCCUCUUGAAAUCUCCCCUUCAAUGCACCCAUUGAAGCGGCGGUUCGAACCAGUAUUGCUGGAUCGAUACCCCACACGAGGUAUGACGGAUGAGUUGAAGCAGCGCGGUAACUUUCCGGAUUAUGUUCCCAUGUUCGCCUUCCCGAAUGACAUCAAUAUUGUUUCCUCGGACCAACGGCCACGGUCAACAUGGCACGGGUUUGCCAUGACCACGGACAAUGGCUCGAAAUUGCACGCCAUCUGCGUUAUUAUCUGGAUUCCCCUGAACCCGCGCGCAGCGGAGGAGCUGGAGAAGCGAUGCGACGAAUGGCGGAAAGAAAACAUGACAGACGAGGAGCGUGAGCUAGCGGCCAGCCUGGGUGAGAGACUGGCAUCUGAGCGAGCCAAGUUAUCCCGUCUGCUUGCCCAGCUCCCCAACGUUCCUUCGGGCUCUGAAUCUCGCGAACAGCUCGAAGAUGAGAUCAGUGCGGUCGAGGAGAAAAUUGGACUCAUGACUGAUCUACUGCGUCCGGUGAGACACGGUGCAGCUUCGAAAAUCGAAGGACUGACCGACGGUGACACUGGGUUCUGGAUUCCGCGUGCAUAUGGUAUCCUGGGCCGGGAGGCCAACAUGACGAGUUUCUGGAAGGAAUGGCUCAAGGCAAUUGUCAUCCCUAUGACCGAAGGUGGCAUCCAACGUGUGCCCCCGAGCUCCACUCGGAUGGGUGUCUGGCAGCCCCUAGAGCGUUAUGUUAUGAAUCUUUGCACGGAAGCGUUUUGCCCUGUCUCUUCAAAGACUCAGGUGGAACUCGCGAUCCGAGAGUUGCGACUGUUUGCGCGACAAGAGGCGUCCAAUGAACUUCCUGGCUCUCGUAACACGGAUCUUUAUGCAUUGUUUAGGACUUUGUCCGUUCAAAACAUUAUUAUCCUGUUUGAGUAUGCACUGACCGAGUCUCGAAUCAUCUUUCUGUCAUCUCACACCUCCAUGCUCUACCUUGCCACCAGAGCGCUGGUGGAUUUGCUGUUCCCCAUCCAAUGGGCGGGUGUUUUAAUUCCUGUCCUGCCAGCGCGUCUAGUCCAGGCCAUCGAAGCCCCCUGCCCUUAUAUCGUGGGUAUUGAGCGUCGCUAUGAGAAAGUUGAAUUGCCAAGCGAUGACUUUGUUCUCGUGGAUUUGGAUUCCGACAUGAUUGAAAGCACAGUUCGACCAACCCCCCUACCACGGCACCAGCGCCGCAAGCUGUUGUCGCUUUUGCAAUUGGCUGCUCCUCAUCACAGUCGUUGUGGUGUAACAACAGGCCCCCCAGCAUAUGCGAUUGAGACGUACCCUUGGGACACAUUUUUGACUGAAAGCAGCGCCACAUAUACCUCCAAGGCGCCAUCCACGAACCUUGCCAAGUAUGUCGGGCUGAAUUCCAGUGCAUUCGGCACCACGGCUGUGGUUCCAGGCUCUUAUCACCCUCCAAUCUUCAAUGCAUUCCUCCAUGCCCGUCACGAGCAGGCUUCUUCGCGCGGUUACUCUUCUUCAAAGAGCUAUGAUCGUCCAGGCACAGCCUCAACCUCCAGAGUUGCUGCUUCACCGCCAUCCCCACGAGAGAGCUCCCCGACUUCAGGUCACUUUCCCCCCCCUCCUCCUACUCCUUCUUCACGGAAUGACUCCGGAAUGGCGCUGCAGGCAUCGCUGCGCGAGAAGCGUUCCGGUCACUUUGAUGCCGCAUCCCGCAGAAGCUCAUCCUUUGGUAUGACCCGGCGACCUAGCGCGCCAUUCCUUGGUCAUACUUCUAACUUAUCUGUCACUACGCUCAACACGGAUUAUGGUCCAGGCUCAACGUAUGCUCCAUCGGUGUAUGCCCAGUCGACUAUCGCUGCCUCAACGAUUGUUCCACAGGCUACUGCACAGCCAGUAAACAAUGCUGAAGGCACUUGUUGGGUUGAGGGUCACUAUUUCCAAACUCAGUCAUGGGAUGAUAAGUUGACGUGCGCCAUCUGUGAUGACCGCGCAGAGGAAGGCAUGUUCAAGUGCUCGCAGUGCAAGUUGACCGUCCACAACCGGUGUGCGUCUCAGGUCUGCCUGGUUUGUGAUGCAGCUUUCCACCCUGAUCAAAUCCGCGCUGCCUUCGUGAGGUGCUUCGCCAGCUUGUUCUAUACAUAUAAGAAGUACCUUGUGCCAGCAAGCGGUGAAAAGAAGAAGGCUGGUAUGUAUUAUACCUUCAAUAUGGAGGCGUUUUUGAAGAGCCUUCCGCAUGAGCAUGCGGAAUACAUUGCUGUUCUGCAACAGACACAAGGGUUCAAUGAGUUCAUCAGCGAGCGGGAGAGGACUAGUCCCAAGGCCAAGGACUCGAAGAUGGCGCUCUUUGACGAAAUCGUGCUUUCGAAGCGUAAUCGUGGGCGCAGUUCUAUUUUCUCGGGCCGAUCAACCACCGAUUUCUUGUCGGACACCUCCAACCAUCUAUGGCGGACAGCGAGUGCCACAUUCUUUGCUCCCAGCAGCCGCAGCCAACCGAAUCUCUCCGGUGAUUACAGUCGAGUUGUUCAACGAGCGCCAGCAAAACUCGAUACCAGUCUCAUGAAAGAGCCCCGCAUGAUCCAUGGAGCUCCUCGGGUGUCCAAGACGGCAAAUAAUGCCCGGAGAAAGCCACUUCCCAAGCUUAUGAAUGGGUUGGCGAUAUCCCCGCCCAGUUAA